AUGAAGAAGCUCGCACUACGGCGACUGCUGGCCAUAGCCAUUAGUGUUGUAGCACUCUUCAUAUCCUUUACACCCGAGACAUCUCACCGCUGCGAUGCUGCACAGACGGUGGUUAAAAGUGUCUUCGUCGACCAGACUGGCCGAGGCGACUUCAAGACUAUCCAAGCAGCCAUCGACUCCGUCCCUUUCGGCAACAACCAAUGGACCCGAGUCCACGUCGCCGCCGGCACUUACACUGAGAAGGUGACUGUGCCAUUUAACAAAAGCUUCAUCCUGCUGGAAGGCGAGGGGAGGUUGCAGACGUCCAUCGAGUGGGCCGAUCACGCCGGCGGGUCGUCCACCACCGCCGACACCCCGACUUUCGCCUCUCAUGCCGAUGAUUUCAUGGCCCGCGACAUCACGUUCAAGAACACAUACGACGGGGCCAACCUGGCGCAAGCGGUGGCUGCCCUAGUUGAUGGGGACCGGUCGUCGUUCUAUGGAUGCGGCUUCUUCAGUGUUCAGGACACAUUGUGCGAUAUGGCUGGGAGGCACUACUAUAAGAAUUGUGUCAUCGGCGGCGCCGUGGACUUCAUCUUCGGCAACGCCAGGUCCAUCUUCCAGGGCUGUGAUCUAUGGACGGGAAAGUUAACAAAGACGCUGGGAUCCAUCACGGCGCAUGGGCGAGACACUGACAAAGACGAUACCGCAUUUGUGUUCAAGCAGUGCAAGAUCGGCGGCUUCAUGCCGAUAUACCUGGGACGCCCAUGGCGAGACUAUGCUAGGGUCAUCUUCUACCAGACUAACAUGUCUAUCGUUGUGGACCGCCAAGGUUGGGACAUCUGGAACUCCAAGGGCAAAGAGGGAUUGCUGACGAUGGUGGAAUCAGAGUGCACAGGGGCGGGGUCCAACACGACGGAGCGAGUACCGUGGGCCAAGCAGCUGAGCGGCAAGGAAAUCGCUAGAUUCGUCAGCUUGUCCUACAUCUCUCCCGAUGGCUGGCUCGACGCGCAGCCACGCUAG